AUGGCGAAAUUUAGUGGUGUUCUACAAUUGACUGAUCUAGACGACUUUAUAACACCCUCACAAGAAUGCGUCAAGCCCGUAAAGAUUGAGAAAAGAGAAGGAGGGGUUGCCAAAAUCAAGGUCGAAGAUGAUGGCAGUUAUUAUCAACUAAAUGCCGGCAGUAAAACGAAAUUAGAGAAAGCAAAAAUCACGUUAAAUGAUUGCCUUGCAUGCAGCGGUUGCAUUACUUCGGCAGAGAGUGUACUAAUCACACAACAAAGCCAAGAUGAGUUGUAUAAAAUCAUCGAAGAGAAUGCCCAGCUAGCCGAAACUGAACAAAAGUUAAUCGUUGUUAGCGUCUCACCUCAAUCUAGAGCGUCCAUUGCAGCCAACUUCAACCUGGGCAUUAAAGAGACAGCUCUAAAACUUACAAGAUUUUUCAAAGAUUUAGGAGUGCAUUAUGUUUUCGAUACAACUUUUGCACGGAAUUUCAGUUUGCUUGAAAUUCAGAAGGAAUUUGUUGAAAGAUAUCGUAAUAACCCGAAUCCAACCAAAAAUGUUCCUCUGCUAACCUCGGCGUGCCCUGGUUGGAUCUGCUACGCCGAGAAAACCCAUGGGCAGUUUAUAUUGCCGUUCAUAAGUACCACCAAGUCACCACAACAGGUCAUGGGGAGUCUGGUGAAAGAGUAUCUGGGAAGCAGAGUUGGGAAAUCACCAGAUAAAGUGUACCAUGUGACGGUCAUGCCUUGCUAUGAUAAGAAGUUAGAAGCCUCCAGAGAAGAUUUUUACAAUGAUAUAUACCACACUCGUGAUGUAGACUGUGUGAUAACCUCCCUUGAGGUUGAGCAAAUGUUCGAAGAAAAGGCGAUCGACUUCCCAAGCUUAGCUCCACUUCAACUGGAUGAAAUGAUUGAAACCGGAAAUGAUUCUGAAAUGACCAAUCACAGAGGUGGUGGAUCUGGGGGUUACCUUGAGCAUGUUUUCUGUUAUGCUGCACAGGCACUGUUUGGGAAAAAAGUUGAAGAUCUUACAUACAAGACAAUGAGAAAUAAGGACUUUCAAGAAGUUGUGCUCGAACAUGAAGAUAAACCUGUCCUGAAGUUUGCUCUUGCUUAUGGCUUUCGUAAUAUUCAAAACCUAGUGCAGAAACUAAAACGGAACAAGUGCCCCUAUCAUUUUGUUGAGGUCAUGGCUUGUCCGUCAGGGUGCGUUAAUGGAGGAGGUCAGAUCAGACCUUCUCCAGAGGAGUCAUCAAAAGAGUUAAUAGAAAAAGUUGCCAAACUUUAUAAUUCUCUGAAGUCAUCUUUACCAGAGAACGAUAAAAAUGUCCAAGAAGUAUACGAGAAAUGGCUCGGUGGUCAAAACUCAGAAAGAUGUAAGGAGGUGUUGCAUACAAGUUACCAUGCUGUGGAGAAAAAUGUCACUGCUCUAGGAAUUAAAUGGUAGUUUGAAGGUUUAUUAAUUAAAAGUCAAUCACACAAAU